AUGGAGGAGGUGUGGUACCUCCCACCUGAGCUGGAACUGGAGGGCAUAGACUCUUGGAAUAUCCGCCAAGAGCCUCGCCGAGACUCCCCGGUUCUCGGCGUUAUCCACUCCAACGAGCACUUCAGGGUCACUGACCGACAGGGUGAUUGGAUUCGGGUCCAGCUGCAAGAUGUCAGUGGAUGGAGUCAUUGCAAGAUGCCGUCCUUUUACGGUGACCUAGAGGCCCUGAGACCUGUGAGCACAGGGAGUGCACCUUUCCGCACAGCAGCACUUCGGCGGAGUAGGGAGAGCAAGGAGCAGACGCUUCAAAAGCUCCUGAAGACGCUCCACGCCCAGCGUGAGAAGUACGAGGCCCUCCAGCGCUCGGCCAGUCCAGAGGUGGUCCGCGCGGCUAUGGAGUUGCAGCGCACUUUAGACAAUUUCGAGAUGCUGGGCAUCUCCCUGGACCAACUGCAGGCCGAGCUGGGCAAGGACUUGGGCCCGGAUGAAGAAUCCGUCAGGCUGGUGGUCGAACUGAAUCGGACGGCCUCCUACUCCCACUCCGACUUCGUAAAUCCACAGGCUGAGAGUUGCUGGCUCUCCACAUUCUUUCAGAGUCUGUGGCACUCCCGCGUCUUCCACACGGCCUUCGAGAAUCUUGUGAAGCCUGUCACGGCCAAGGACGGGACGCCCUUGAAAGCCCUGCAAAAGACGUGGCGCAUGUACGAGCAAGCCUCGACGUCGAAGACGCUGGUUCCGGUGGGGGAGCUCGUGGCUGCUUGGGGUGAGGGAUAUGGUGAUUGCUCCGAAGCUUUUGGAAAGUUUCACCAGGCCUCUGAUCUGCAAUUCCUCUCAGACCUUUUCGCUUUCGUGCCAGUGCCGUGGACUGGAAGUGCCACCAGCACCGGGCAGUUACACGAACUGGUGGAACAGUUGGGCGUUCAGUCUUGCCCCUUGCUCGUUUUCGACCUCACGUUUCCGGAGUUGGAGCGCAGCUCCAUGCAAACAUUGGCCUGGGCCUUGCGCCCAGACACGGACUUGGGUGGUGCGCGGCUUGUGGCCAUGGGCUGCUACAUGGAGGACAUUCGGCACUACGUGGUCUUCUGCCGAAGCCUCUCCAACCCGGCGGAGUGGCUCUUUUUCAAUGACUUGCCGAGCCUCGCCGCUGGCGCACCGGGGAGGUUUGCGCAGUGGCUAGACGUGUCCCGUGCCUGUGGCAGAUAUGGAGCCUGUCCCCGCAUGCUUCUGUUCGAGAACGCGCAGGCUUCCCUGAGUCUCUUCCAGAAGGCGAAGCAGCAAUCUGAGGAGGUUCCGCACAGAGGCAACGAGUGCAAGAUCUCAUAA